AUGUCGCUGAAAAAGUUGAGCCUCAAUUCCUACCGGAUAGGAUGGAUUUGUCCGUUGGAGGUGGAACAGAUUGCGGCAAUGGAGAUGCUCGACGAGGAGCACCAACCUCUUCCGCAAUCACGCGGGGACACCAACGUUUACAACCUCGGCAGUAUCAACAACCAUAACGUUGUCAUCGCUGGUCUUCCUCGGGCGGGGAACUGUUCCGCCGCUACUGUCGUCACUCAAAUGAGGAUGACAUUCCCAGACCUCAAAUAUGUCCUGCUGGUUGGGAUUGGGGGUGGCGUACCGACAAAGACCGAGUGUGGAACGAUCCGGCUAGGACAUGUGGUCGUUAGUGACCCGGCGGGUAUACACUCUGGAGCAGUACAAUACGAUCACGGAAAGGCGAAGGGGGGUCACUUUGAACGCAAAGGUUUUCUCGCGCCUCCGCCAACAGCUCUUCUCAACGCUGCGCGGGAAGUGGCUGUCCGGCGCCAACGGAUGGAUUAUGAUCCAAUUUGGAAGAAUCUGGAGCGAACCCAAACCAGCCCUCGAUUACGUCGUCGCUUUAAGUUCCCUGGCGCCGCGAAUGACCAUCUCUACCCUUCAACCCAUACACAUAGGCAGGAAGGGAUAUCAUGUGAAGAUGGUGGAUGUGACCCAAGUCAGCGUAUCGAGCGACCGACGGAUAAGGAAGAUGACUCGUUUAUUGUUGUGCACCGAGGCACAAUAGCAUCGGGGGAGUUAGUGAUCAAGGAUGCUGAGUUAAGAGAUGAUCUGGCGCAGACGCAUGGGGUGCUAUGCUUCGAAAUGGAGGCAGCAGGAGCCCUUACCGAUUUCCCCUGUAUAGUGAUUCGAGGCAUCUCCGACUAUUGCGAUUCGCAUAAGAAUGACCAGUGGCAUGGCUACGCUGCAGCGGUAGCAGCCGCUUAUGCACGGCAGUUAUUCUUCCACAUGUCUAUUGAAGAGGAGCAACGAAAUCUGGAUGCAACGCCUACGACUUUUGAGCUCCCGCUUAAUCUGUCCGAGAUAUCCGAAGUGACCCGCUUCGUCGCACGAGAAGAUUCGCUUAAGAGAAUACAAGAGAUCCUCGAUGCAACUGCUGGACGCCGUACUGCUGUGGUACAUGGGUUAGGUGGUAUUGGCAAGACGCAGCUAGCCAUCGCAUAUAUGAAACAAAAUCGGUCUCAUUAUUCGGCGAGAAUAUGGCUAGAUGCAAAAAAUGAAACAGCGUUGAAAGAAAGCUUUUCUCGCGUAGCCGAGUGGAUUGUACGCCACCACCCGUCUGCUACAUAUGUUGCAGCUGCUUCGGAGAGCCAAGAGCUGGACGAGAUAGUGAAAGCGGUCAAACAAUGGUUGGACGAGCCGAUGAACGAUCGCUGGUUGAUCAUCUAUGAUAACUAUGAUAACCCAUUAUUGCGCAACCGUACGGGGAAACGCCCAAGCUCUGCUUCCUUUGUUGAAGCAGACACCAAUGACAAUGACGAUGACCUUACAAAGGCCUUUGAUCUUCAGAAGUUCCUCCCCGAGACCGACCAUGGUGCCAUUGUUGUAACCACGCGGUCCUCUAUGGUAAAGCUAGGCCAGAGACUUCACUUACGCAAGCUAGAGGAUAUCAAUGAUAGCCUCGAUGUCCUGGCUUCUGUGUCUGGCCGUGAAGAUCUAAGACAAGACCCCGCAGCCACCGAUCUCGUAAGGCAGCUCGAUGGACUUCCUCUGGCCCUCGCAACAGCUGGCGCAUAUUUAGAGCAGGUGUCGAUAAGCUGCACUGACUACCUCCAGCUGUACCGAGAAUCAUGGCAGCAAUUACACGAAAAGACGCCACCGCUGGGGGCAUACGAUCAAACGCUGUACUCAACUUGGAAUCUCUCGUAUCGAUACAUUCAGCAGCAGAGCCCAAUUGCGGCCAUGCUUCUCCGACAAUGGGCCUAUUUCGCUAGUGAAGACUUAUGGUAUGAUCUGCUUAAAGACUGCGGCCCGGAGAAGCCGGAAUGGCUAGGCUCACUGACAAAGGACAAGCUCACAUUUCAUGCAAGCUUAAGACUUUUGUGCAGCCACGGGCUCGUUGAAGCUGAUCCGACUACCAAAUUACAGCGUGUGGAGUCACGAGGGUAUAGCGUACACGGCUGCGUUCAUUCGUGGAUGAUCCAUGUGUUAAACCCGGGGCUUGAUAAGAGUCUAGCCUGGAUAGCAGUCGAAUGUGUAGCGACGCAUGUGCCCACGGAAGACGAACCCAAUUUCUGGCUUAUACAACGGCGGCUGAUUGCACAUGCAGAUAGGUGUCUGGAGAUAUUAAGAAAUCUAGAAAUUGAAGAUGAGGAUGUAGCGCCUCUCUUUUCUUUAGGUUAUCUCUACGCGGAUCAAGGCCGGUUCCAAGAGGCAGAGGCGAUGUACGAACGAGCACUAGAAGGCUACGAGAAGGCGUGGGGACGAGAACACAUGUCGACGCUAGAUACCGUUAACAACCUCGGCACCAUCUACGAGAACCAAGGCCGGCUCCAAGAGGCGGAGGCGAUGUACGAACGAGCACUAGAAGGCUGCGAGAAGGCGUGGGGACGAGAACACACGUCGACGCUAGGUACCGUCAGCAACCUCGGCAUCCUCUACAAGGAGCAAGGCCGGCUCCAAGAGGCGGAAGCGAUGUACGAACGAGCACUAGAAGGCUGCGAGAAGGCGUGGGGACGAGAACACACGUCGACGCUAGGUACCGUCAGCAACCUCGGCAUCCUCUACAAGGAGCAAGGCCGGCUCCAAGAGGCGGAGGCGAUGUACGAACGAGCACUAAAAGGCUACGAGAAGGCGUGGGGACGAGAACACACGUCGACGCUAGAUACCGUCAGCAACCUCGGCAUCCUCUACAAGGAGCAAGGCCGGCUCCAAGAGGCGGAGGCGAUGUACGAACGAGCACUAGAAGGCUGCGAGAAGGCGUGGGGACGAGAACACACGUCGACGCUAGGUGCCGUCAACAACCUCGGCGCCCUCUACGCGAUACAAGGCCGGCUCCAAGAGGCGGAGGCGAUGUACGAACGAGCGCUAGAAGGUAAGGAGAAGGCGUGGGGACGAGAACACACGUCGACGCUAGAUACCGUCCACAAUCUCGGCGCCCUCUAUAAGGAGCAAGGCCGGCUCCAAGAGGCGGAGGCGAUGUACGAACGAGCACUAGAAGGCUGCGAGAAGGCGUGGGGACGAAGACACAAGUCAACGCUAGAUACCGUCAGCAACCUCGGCACCCUCUACACGUAUCAAGGCCGGCUCCAAGAGGCGGAGGCGAUGUACGAACGAGCGCUAGAAGGUUACGAGGCGGCUUUUGGCGCGACCUCACCUCUCACCUACAUCCCUGCCUUGCACACUCUUAAGAACUUUGGCCUUCUAUGCGAGAGCAACGGAAAAGUCGAUACCGCUCUGCUAUACUAUCAGCGGGGGCUGGUAGGCACUGAGAUUGUUUGGGGCCAGAAUAGCGAACAAUAUACCUGGCUUUCCAAUCAAUUGAGCUCUAUACAGCGUGGUACGUCUAAUAUUUCUGACGGAGACGAGUCUGUUCAAAAGAAAACAACAAUGAUGGGGACUAAAUGGAGGAAAGUGAGAGCGAAGCUCUCCGGCAUGUACAAGCCUAAGUAA